CUGAAGUUCUCCUCGCUCUCCUGGGUCGUGCAGGUCAGGUCGGUCGUAGGGCUUCUGAGCAGGAAAACCAGAAACUCCACUCUUCACAAUGGCAGCCGUUCUCCUCCGCUCCGCACUGAGCAGGAAGGCCACCGUCCAGCUGGGUCGUAUGUGUUACUCCUCCUCCUCAGUGCCCACCACCAAGCUGUUCAUUGAUGGCAAAUUUGUCGAGUCCAACACGUCGGAAUGGCUUGACAUUCACAACCCUGCCACGAAUGAGGUGGUGGGACGUGUACCCAAAGCCACACAGGAGGAGAUGCUGGCUGCUGUGGACUCCUGCUCCAGAGCUUACAAGUCCUGGUCAGACACUUCCAUCCUCACCAGGCAGCAGGUCUUCCUGCGCUACCAGCAGCUCAUCAAGGACAACAUUAAAGAACUGGCUAAAAUGAUCACACUGGAGCAGGGCAAAACUCUGGCUGAUGCAGAAGGCGAUGUAUUUAGAGGAUUGCAGGUGGUGGAGCAUGCCUGCAGCAUUACGUCUCUCAUGUUGGGGGAAACUUUGCCCUCCAUCACAAAGGAUAUGGACACGUACACCCACCGCCUGCCCAUCGGGGUGUGUGCCGGCAUUGCCCCCUUUAACUUCCCGGCCAUGAUUCCUCUGUGGAUGUUCCCUAUUGGCAUGGUGUGCGGCAACACUUACCUGAUGAAGCCGUCCGAGCGUGUCCCAGGAUGCACCAUGCUCUUGGCCAAAAUGAUUCAGGAUGCUGGGGCACCAGAUGGUACACUCAACAUCAUCCACGGCCAGCAUGCAGCGGUGAACUUCAUCUGUGACCAUCCUGCCAUCAAAGCCAUCAGCUUUGUGGGAUCCAACCAGGCUGGAGAGUACAUCUACGAGCGCGGCUCCAAGAACGGCAAGAGAGUGCAGUCCAACAUGGGUGCCAAGAACCAUGGAGUGGUGAUGCCUGAUGCCAACAAAGAAAACACCAUCAACCAGCUGGUGGGCGCUGCCUUUGGAGCAGCUGGCCAGCGCUGCAUGGCUCUCUCCACCGCCAUUUUUGUAGGGGAGUCUCGUAAAUGGCUCCCAGAGCUGGUGGAGCGCUCCAGAUCAUUACGUGUAAAUGCAGGUGACCAGCCCGGAGCAGAUGUGGGUCCCCUGAUCUCCCCCGAAGCCAGGAGCAAGGUGGAGUCUUUGAUCCAGAGUGGCGUGGACGAGGGCGCCAGUGUGCUGCUGGAUGGUAGAAAUGUCAAGGUCAAAGGAUAUGAAAAAGGAAACUUUGUGGGACCGACCAUCCUGAGCGGUGUUAUGCCAAACAUGAAGUGUUACACAGAGGAGAUCUUUGGACCAGUGCUGGUUGUUCUGGAGGCCGAUACUCUGGAUGACGCCGUCUCUUUAAUCAACAAAAACCCCUACGGCAACGGCACCGCCAUCUUCACCACCAAUGGAGCCACAGCGCGCAAAUUCACACACGACGUGGACGUUGGCCAGAUUGGCGUGAACGUGCCCAUCCCCGUCCCCCUCCCCAUGUUUUCCUUCACUGGCUCCAGAGGUUCAUUCAGAGGAGACACCAACUUCUAUGGCAAGCAGGGAAUCCAGUUCUAUACUCAGAUCAAGACUGUGACAUCUCAGUGGAAGGCUGAGGACGCGAGUGUGACAAGCCCAGCUGUUACCAUGCCAACAAUGGGACGCUAAACGAAACUGUGAUCUAUGAUGAUAUUCACUAACUUCUCAUUAUGCCUUAACUCCAAGGAGGGAUUGAAAAAAGGAUUCCUUUGGCUUGGGAUUUUUUUGAACAUCCUGGAUGUUGCUGCACUCAAAACACACUAAAUAGAAAUGAGAGAAUGGGGAGUUGAAUUGAACUGAUCCAAUGAAUGGUGCUGUGAGUUUCUCUCUUGUACUUGUAUCUGUUCAUAUUAUGUUCUGACCCAGUCGGCCAUAAGUUCAUGGUGAUUUUUAAUGGUCCUUUCUAUUACUUUAAAAACAAAUAAAUAAAAGAAAUAAAAGAAAGAGCAGUGA